UGUAAUUUACCCUGAAAAAAAAAAAUCUUUCUUGUUCUUUAAUUCCACUUAUUUGACUCAAGUAACUAAAAGUAUUUGGUUCUUUUGCGACGCAAAAGAGACAAUUAGUAGUUGAACGACUGAAAUUCAGUUGUACAUCAUUGUUCUUGUGGAUUGCUUUUCUGGGAAUUAUCUUUUAGCGUUCAUCAGAUUUUAUUGAGAUCUUGUUGAUUGAAUGAAUUCUGAAUUGAUCUGGGGUUUUUAUAGCUCUUUUCCCUGAUGGGUUUUUGAUAGUUUACAUGAUUGUUGAUUCGUUGAGCCUUUCAAGAUUUGUCAAAUUAGGGUUUGUAAUAUUUGUAUGUUCAAAUUAUCAUUAUAGCUUAAUUUGAGUAAUUUGAGGCUUUUUGGAUGUUAGAUGCAGGAUUCUUUAGUUACAAUUGAUCUUAUUUGUGCAAUCUAAGCUAUUAUAAAGUUCAGUUUUGAUGGCUCAAAAUGAUGGUCUUAUAGUCAAAGAGGAGAUUGAAGAAAUUAUUAAACUUCCUAAAUCAAAAACACCAAGCCCAAUUCAUUGUUUAACACCUUCAAAAGAUGGUCAAAUUGGUGGAACACCAAAAAUUAAAUAUGCCCUUUUAAGUAGACCUUCAAGCAAAUUCUGGGAAAUUGCUGAAGGGAAAGAUGAGGCGUCUCGUGCUGUGGAGUCUUCUCGUAGCCAUGGCUUACGAGAACGAAUAAGUGAACUUAGACAUAGAAUUAAUUGGGAGUCCUUAAAGAAAACUUGCAAAGAGUGGUUUAGGAAUCCCAUGAACUUGGCUCUUUUUGUUUGGAUUACUUGUGUUGCCGUUUCUGGGGCGAUUUUGUUUCUUGUCAUGACUGGAAUGCUAAAUAGUGCCUUACCGAAGAAAUCACAACGAAACGCGUGGUUUGAAGUCAAUAAUCAAAUCCUUAAUGCCCUUUUUACUCUCAUGUGUUUGUAUCAACACCCUCAAAGAUUCUACCACUUAGCAUUGCUCUUGAGAUGGAAUCCGAAGGAUAUAUCUAAAUUAAGAAAGAUUUACUGUAAGAAUGGUACUUACAAGCCGCACGAAUGGGCACAUAUGCUAGUGGUUAUUUUGUUGCUUCAUUUGAAUUGUUUUGCUCAGUAUGGUCUUUGUGGCCUAAACUUGGGAUAUAAACGAUCUGAGCGGCCUGUACUUGGGGUUGCGAUUUGUAUCUCCGUUGCCAUAGCUGCCCCGGCUAUAGCAGGAAUCUACACUAUCCUUAGUCCCUUAGGCAAGGAGUAUGCGUAUGAAAACCCAAGUGAUGAGGAAGCGCAAAUUCCUAUUAAGGCCGCAAGUCACAACUUAAGUGUUAUAAGAUCGAAUUCGUUAGAAAGGCGGCUAUCUUUUGCACUGAGAAAUGGGAAUAUUGUUGAGGAUCAACCACAAUGGAAAGAAGGACUUUUUGAUUUGUGGGAUGAUUUAUCUAUCACCUAUCUCUCGCUUUUUUGCAGCUUUUGUGUUUUCGGAUGGAACAUGGAGAGGUUGGGAUUCGGGAAUAUGUACGUUCACAUUGCAACUUUCAUAUUGUUUUGCUCUGCUCCGUUUUUUAUCUUCAAUUUGGCUGGCCUUAAUGUUAAUGAUGACAACGUUAGGCAGGCUCUAAGCCUUACGGGGUUUUUACUAUGUGGGCUUGGUUUACUUUACGGUGGUUAUUGGAGGAUCCGAAUGAGGAAGAGGUACAACUUGCCUGAAUAUACAUCAUGUUGUGGCAAACCCGCUGUGACUGAUUGUGCUUUGUGGCUUUGCUGUUGUUGGUGCUCACUUGCUCAGGAAGUACGAACUGCAAAUUUCUAUGAAAUCGUUGAAGACAAGAUGUAUAGGAAACAGCACAAUGGAAAUGGCGAUCUAGGGUGCUCAGACUUGCCUUGUGAAGAUGAAGAAGUAGCCAACAACAACAGUUUGGAUGUAGGCUCAAGGACAGUUCCAUUGGACGACUCCAUGAUCACAACCGAAAAUCACAGUUCGGGAAGGACAGAAGAAGAGUUACCGAAGCAAGGUAUGUCGAAACCCAUGACACCUCCACGCCCCUUAACGAUUGACAGAGAAACCAAAUAGCAUUGUCAUCUUUUGAAGGUGUGCUUUGUGUAAUAUUUGAGCUAUUUAUGUUGUUAAUGUGCAUUUUUGUAUAUUUUUGGAAUUGGAUCACAAUUAUGUGUUUAAUAUAUGCUUUAUAUGAAUUACAUAUAUGAUAUACGCCUUAUGGCGAGUCUAAAAAUUAGAAUGAACUUGCACAAUAUUGCUUUAUGAAACGUGUUUUGAGAAUGAGAUUUCAUAAAACCGCAAGCUCUCAAGUCAAUUGUCAUGGGGAUUGUUGGAAUGUUUUGAUUUUGUUUUGUGGUCAGUAUAUACUUCUGAAGUUAUAGUAGUAUUUGAUUGAGUGUUGUGUGAGAAAUACUUGCAUCGAGAGCAUUGAACUGGUUGCAAGCCAGUGUUGGUGGGCAGCUUUCCGAGUCCCUCCUAAAACGAUAGGAUUAUCAUCCAUUAUGUUGUUAUAUCAGACUAAAAGCAUUGAGUCCUUCCUAUCAGGUACCUAUCGUUCUGAGGAUUUUUUUGAGCCAAGAGACUCUUGGCCGCAUCCUCUUUUUUGGGUAUUGGCCGCCUUCCUUUCCUCCCCAGGGCCUAGAUCCUGAUUAGUUUCCUAUGAUCAGAAUAUAUCGAGUAUGAUGAUGAAGAGGAUAUGUAAUAGAUUAAUAUUAAAGCUGAUGUAUCAUAAUCAAGUAGUGGCUAUGAAAAUAUGUUGGUCAUGGGAAAAUUGUUCCUCAGUAUUAGAAGCUGCUUGAAACUACCCUCCUUAGCCCCAGUUAUAACUUCUAAAUCAACUUUCGACUUACGGUUUAGUAGAUUUUUUUCACCAAAUUCUCUGAAUUUCGAUCCCGCCCCUAUCAUCUACUUCUUUUGCAAACCUUUUUUCUCUCGUUUUUCUCUGGGCCAUCUUCCUUUCGAUAACUUGUUUAUGGGUAUGUAGGGUGCAAGUCUAUGAAUCAUUUAGCUUAUGCUUAAAUGUUAGCUUUGGAGAUGUUUGUUAAGUUUUAGCUGAACUUAUUGUCAAUGUUAGCGUAAAGUGUGUACACCAACUUUAAUUCAGCGAUGUGGAAUAAACAAUUCCAACAACUCACAUAACACGAAAAAAAAAACUAACUCUUAGGAAAGUUCUCGGUAUGAAUAUAUUCUUAGGAAAGUUCAAUAUUUGACAAUUUCCUUAUCACAAUGGAGUUUGAAAGAAGGCGAGGAGGAUUGAGAUAACUUGAAGGGCAUGAGUGGAAAAUAUACAGAGAAUGUAUAUUUACGGAUUGGUAGACACUCGAAACAAAUAGAGAAGACGAGUUCAUGUUGAUGUCUACUGAAACCAAACUCAUGUAGGGCUGAUUUGAUCACCUGGCUCAAUUUAUGUCAAAAUUAGAUCUUGUUCUACAUGGAUAUAUUCACACCCCAUACAGUAAAAAGCCGAUGGGAUCCUAGGAUCGAAAGGGGAAUAAUGAAAAUAUGGUGUAAAGUUAGAUUUUUCUGAUUGGAUCGUGUUGGCUUUUUAUUGUGCUGGAUUAACUCAAGAAAUUGGGUUGGGUUGGAUUAGACUUGGUCGGGUUUAGUUGGUCAUGAGUUUAGUUCUAUGUAAAGCCAACACGAAGAUGAGUCUAGAAUAGGUUUUAGUUGAGUAGGGUCAAUACAAUUCAAGUCUAAGCCAGCUUAUAUUUUGCUAGAGGGGUUCAUUUUGGUCAUUGGGUCGAUUUUGCGUCACGUAUUUUGGAUCAGUUUAAAAUUGGAUUUUAAGUCCACAUUGAUUUUUAUAUAAUUGUAAAUUUAUUUUAAAGUCUGGUCAAAUCGAGUUCAGUU